UCUAUAAAUACAUUAUGCCAUGACAGAGGCAACCUCACCAUUGAGAAGCGUUCUUAGCACCCUUCCUUUUAAUCCGAUCACAGAGAGAAUGUCUAGGAUUCAUCCAAGACCGAGCAGGAAUGAUGAUGAAGAGUUUAGUACAAUAGCAAGUCAUCCAUCAGUAUGGACAGUAUGGAACAAGUCAAGCAUGGGUUUUCAAGGAACAGAUGGGUUCACAAUUUACGAUAGCAAGGGAAGAUUAGCUUUUCGGGUUGACAAUUACUCAAGAAAGCACAAAUGUUUUGCAGGAGAGCUUUUGCUCAUGAACGGGGAUGGAAAAUCAAUCAUGGCUCUGAGGCCACAGAUCUUGAGCAUGCACGACAGGUGGAGGGGAUUCAAAGACAAGGAUGGUAUGGACACAAGUUGUAAAACUGAAGUAUUUUCUAUGAGAAGGCAUUCAAUUAUUCAGAGAGCUGAUAAAGCAGAGGUGUUCAUGGACAGUCCUGACAACCAUUCAUCUGAACCAAACUUCAGAACUGAAGGAUGCUUCAAAACAAGAAAUUGCAAGAUCCUAGACAGCAACGGUGAUGAGGUGGCACAUAUAAUCCAUAAACAAGUGAAUGAUUCUGUCACUUUGGGCGAUGAAGUUUUCAGCUUGAUCAUUCAGCCAUCCAUGGAUACUGAGCUUAUAAUGGCUUUUUUGGUUAUCAUGGACCGCAUAUGCUAGAACUUUUCUUUAAGUCUAACAUGGUUCAUGACUAGAUGAUAGAUAAAUGUAAUAUACCACAUAGAUUAAUGAUGGUUAGGGUAGACAAAAGCAUAGUAAGUGAGUUGUUAUAGAAAUUAUUAAAACAUCUAUAUAAUUAUGAUGUGAUACUAUUUUUAAAAGGCUGUGUUGAUAGAAUUUAGAAGAACUCAACUACAUGAAAGUUAUUUGUAAGGUCUAGCAUCAUUUUCUAGUUUUCCUU